CUCCAGGGUGAAGCAGAUUGGAUCUUGACGGCUGCCGUCCUGCGUGGUUUCCAUGGCUACGGCGUCUUGAAAGUAGUUUGAAGAGGAAAGCAAAGAAAAACAUGGUGCUGAUCACUGAAGAUUUGAUCAGGCGACGUGCAGAACACAACAACCUGGAGAUUUUCUCUUUGGAAGAAGUCUCUCUCCACCAGCAGGACAUUGAGAAGAUUGAACACAUUGAUAGAUGGUGCAGAGAGCUCAAAAUACUUUACCUACAGAGCAACCUCAUUCCUAAAAUUGAACAUGUUGGUAAAUUAAAGAAACUGGAGUAUUUAAAUCUAGCAUUAAACAAUAUUGAACGGAUUGAAAAUCUGGAAGAGUGGCUGGAUGGCAAAGAGAUUGGGCGAUCAGAGCGGAUUCAGUCAAUGCAGGGUCUGGAUGCAGUGAGGCAAAAAAUCAGGGAACAGGAGCAGGCCUACCUGCAGAAGAGAGCUCAGGAGAAGGAGGAAGCCCAAAGAAAGCUGCAGAAAAGUCAGAAGAAAGAAAAAACAGACACACAGGAAAGGAGGCCAGGCUGUGAUGGACAAUGUGAGGAAAGUAAUGCAAAGCAAGUUGCGGCCGGGAGAGAGGAAAGCUUCUGUGAAGAUGACAAAGACAAAGAGUUUUGGGAAGAGCCUUGUGCUUAUACUCCAGAGUCCCGGAUUGAAGCUCACAGACACAUUGAAGAGAAGCGGAAAGCUAAAGAGGGUGAAAGGAAUAAAGACAAAAAACAGAAGGCAAGGACAUUGAUCACAGCAGAUGGACGAGUGCUGAAUGUCAAUGAGCCCAAGCUUGAUUUCUCUUUGUCGGACGAUGAGGAUGGCAACAAUAUUUUGCUGGAUCUAUCAGUCUACAGGUAUUUGGAUACAUCCCUUCUAGAUGUGGAUGUUCAACCAACGUACAUUAGAGUCAUAGUUAAAGGAAAGAUCUUCCAGCUUGUACUUCCUACAGAAGUGAAGCCUGAUAGCUCCAUAGCUAAAAGGUCUCAAACCACAGGGCACUUGGUUGUCAUAAUGCCAAAGGCUCAGGAGCUUGUUAAACCAAAAGUAUCCCCAGUUUCAAAAUCCUCACGUGCCAUUGAAGCAUCUACUGGUAACACAAGUAAAGCAAAAGGACUGGAAAAGCUGGAAGUGGAUCCCAGAAAGCAAUCAAUCAUUGAUCUGGCUAAUAUUGUGCAAGAAAAGAAGACAAUUUCUCAAGGGCCUUUAAAGUUGCAAUGCUCACGACUGAGUGAGUCUAUACAAGAUAUUGAAGACUUUGAAGACAGCCCUGAUAUUCCACCUUUAAUAUAAAAGAAAUGAAUAUAAUGAAUUGAAUAUAAAAGAAUCUCCCCCUGAAUCUGAGUUAUUGUGUAGUGUAUUUAAAUAUGAAAAUUUGGAACAUGUAUACUGAUAAAAAUUAAAAAACAAAUACU